CGAGACUUCGCGAGAGACCUUUAUUCAGGCACUUCCGGUGGAAGAAGCAUUAAUAUCGCUGCAAGUGUUUAGUCAGUUAAAGUGAAGUUACCUACACAAUAUCAAGAUGCCGCGUAUUAUGAUCAAGGGGGGUGUUUGGAGAAACACAGAGGAUGAAAUUCUCAAGGCAGCUGUUAUGAAAUAUGGCAAAAACCAGUGGGCUAGAAUUGCAUCUCUCCUGCACAGGAAGUCAGCGAAGCAGUGCAAGGCUCGAUGGUACGAGUGGCUUGACCCAAGCAUCAAGAAGACAGAGUGGAGUCGGGAGGAGGAAGAAAAACUUCUCCAUCUGGCCAAGCUGAUGCCCACACAGUGGAGAACCAUCGCACCCAUCAUCGGCAGAACCGCUGCUCAAUGUCUGGAACACUAUGAGUUUCUCCUGGACAAAGCACAGAACCGAGAUGAUUCUGAGGAUGAUCCAAGAAAACUCAAACCGGGAGAAAUUGACCCCAACCCAGAAACAAAACCAGCACGACCUGACCCCGUUGACAUGGACGAGGAUGAGCUGGAGAUGUUGUCCGAGGCCCGCGCCAGGCUGGCCAACACGCAGGGCAAGAAGGCCAAGCGGAAGGCCAGGGAGAAGCAGCUGGAGGAAGCCAGGAGACUGGCGGCACUACAGAAGAGGAGGGAGCUCAGGGCAGCUGGCAUUGAUGCUAAACAGAAGAAGAGAAAGAAGAGGGGUGUUGACUACAAUGCUGAGAUUCCAUUUGAGAAGAAACCAGCUUCUGGGUUUUACGACACGUCGGAGGAGCACUACAAUCCCCUGGACCCCAACUACAAGAAGCUGCGGCAGCAGAACCUGGACGGGGAACUCCGCAGCACCAAGGAGGAGAGAGAUAGAAAGAAGGACAAGCAGAGACAGAAGAAGCGGAAGGAGAACGACCUUCCUGGAGCCAUUGCUGCCCAAACAAACUUUACGGAACCUGUGAAGAAAAGGAGCAAGUUGGUGCUCCCCGCACCCCAGAUCUCGGACGCCGAACUUGAAGAGGUGGUGAAGGUGGGCCAGGCCAGUGAGUAUGCUCGGCAGCAGGCGGAGGAAGCCUCCAGGGGGGACAGUGCCUCCAGGGGACUCCUGCAGGACUACAAUGCUACUCCCAACGCUGUCAAUCUCCGGACUCCUCGCACACCUGCUGCUCAAGACACAAUAUUACAGGAAGCCCAGAACAUCAUGGCGCUGACCAACGUGGACACUCCACUGAAGGGGGGACUCAACACCCCCAUACACAACAGUGACUUCAGCGGCAUCACCCCCAAAAACCAGACAUCCCAGACACCCAACACCGUCCUUGGUACACCCUUCAGGACACCCGGGCAGGUGGGGGAAGGGGGUAUCACCCCAAGGACAGGCCUAACCCCCCGGGCCACCCCCCAGGGCACACCGAUGAGGGACAGACUGAACAUUAACCAGCUGGACGAGGAGGAAACUGCUCAGUACGACAAAUUCUACCAGCGAGAUAUGAAGGAACAGUUGAGACGAGGCCUGGCUGGACUACCGGCGCCGAAGAAUGACUACGAGAUCGUUGUCCCAGAGGAUGAACUGCAGGGUGGCGAGGAAUCAUCGGCGAUGGACAGUCACGUCGAGGACCAAGCAGACAUCGACAACCAAACCGAGCUGGAGAUUCAGCAGCGACGUCUUGAAGAACUCAAACUGAGGUCGCAGUCCGUGCAGAGGGACCUGCCAAGACCCACUGAUGUCAACUCCAGCAUCUUGAGAGUAGUCGGUCCAGGGGAUCCACCUCUUAGUGAAUUACAGAAGGCGGAGGAGCUGAUCAAACGAGAGAUGAUCACAAUGGUCCACUACGAUGCAGUGUACAGCCCCACCCUGGCCCAGCUGGGCAUCACCCCCAGCUCCAAGAAACCUGUCCCCAGCCAGAAGGGCAUCGUCAACCAGGCCCAGCACCUGGCGUUCCUAGAGCAGCACCCUUACGACAACUUCUCCGAGGAGGACCUGCAUGAUGCGCGAGCGAUGCUGAAGCAGGAAAUGGAGGUGGUAAAGGAAGGGAUGGCUCACGGGGAGUUGUCUCUCGAGGCGUUCUCCCAGGUGUGGGACGAGUGCUACUCCCAGGUCCUCUUCCUGCCCUCCCAGGGCCGCUACACAAGGGCCAACCUGGCCAGCAAGAAGGACAGGAUUGACUCACUCGACAAGAGGCUAGAGGCUAACAGAGGACACAUGACAAAAGAUGCCAAACAGGCUGCCAAGCUGGAGAAGAAGCUGAAGAUAUUGCUGGGAGGCUACCAGUCGCGGUCACAAGCCCUGGUGAAGCAGCUGCACGACGUGUACGAGCAGAUUGAACAGACAUUUGUUGAACUGAAAACAUUCGAAAACCUCCGACAACAUGAGAUCGGAGCCAUUCCUAAACGCAUGGAGUCCUUGACAGAAGACGUUCAGAGACAGACGGAGAGAGAACGCGAGCUACAGAAACGAUACGGAGAACUUCAGCAUCGGCGGGACAUCAUUUACUAGUGGAUGAAAUGUGCAUGUACAGGCGGGACAUUAUUUACUAGUUUUACAGACUUUGCUGCAACAUCUUCAUCAGUUCACAGUGUGUGGUGGCGCGUCGUCUCAGUGCCGCAGUUCGCUGUUAAAGUCCUUUAGGUUUCCAGCAAGAUAAGCCUGGGUCUGAUUAUGUUUUCAGGUCUGUCACCACCAUGACCAUGCCGUGGUUUCCACCAAGGUGGGGAACUAAGACCUGAUCACCCACAACAAGCUGACACGAUAUGUAACUGAAACAUUGUUGAAAGUGGCUUUGAACCCAACUCCCUCGGAGUGUGGCGUACACUGCUGUUGCUGACUGGGAAGUGCUUGUCAGAAGAGAGUUUUACAUCCAGGAUCCCUGGUGACCACAGUGCAAGCAGCAAAAUGAAAACACUUCUUAUCAUCAUAUGUGAACAUAAACCAACCAGUCGAGUUGUCAUGGUAACCAAUUGGUCAUUGGAAUUCUUUUUGGCUAGAAAAGAUCUGGCGUUUUAUGACUAGGCUUAGUUUUGUAUGAUCUAGCCACAGAACUAUGUUUGACUGAUUUCAAGCCUUCCUACCGAGCUCACGUUACCUGGGGAAUUCCAGGUUAGAAUAGGUCAUCAGCAUCCUAUGCUUGUCCUGCAGGAUGACUAAAUGGAUUGGGUUGUCAGGCUGACCUGGUUGGUCCGUUGUCAUCAUGCAUAAACAACAAUAUAAGUUGUAUCACGAUCUCUCAUACAUGGGUUUUUUUGCGUCGCGCGUUAGGUUUUAUACCACGAGCCUUGAGUGAUGCUGCUACAACAAAUUUAUCUUGUCAACAAGUUUUAAUAUGACAUUGUAUAAGAAUUAAAACAAAUUCAAAAUUGGUAGAAAACAGCGUGCAGCCUAUUGCUUCGAAGCGGGGUAUAAGGGAUUUAUUCUGCCUCUCAGAUAUCCAGAUGCAGCCUGACUUGCUUGUGGCGUGGUAUAAGGGAUUUAUUCUCCCGCUGAGAAAUGUAUUUCCCUCCAAGGCGGGAUACAUCAUAUUUUAUCAAGAUCACAUGAACCAAUCAGAUCUCAUCAUUCUGACAUUGAGGUAUUAUAAAGAAGGUUACUCAUCAUUCUGACAUUGAGGUAUUAUAAAGAAGGUUACUCAUGCUAUCUAUCACUGGUCUCACCUGUUUACAGGCCACCAAGAUACAGCUGGACUAUUGCAAUGACAGCAUUACACAACCAUCAUCCUUAAACAUGUUAAAGAAAAAGUAGCUACGCCAAUGUCUGUUAACCCUGGCAGUGAGAUGUUCGUACAACACAUACUGGGAUAAAUCAGUAUACAUUUGGACUUUGGAUUUCAAUCUUUUUACUGGAUGUCAUAUAAAGAAAUAAAAGAAUGUCUCCAGCUACUCACCAUAUGAUCCAACCAACUCUCUGAUAACUUUGUAAUCCACAAGUUCCUAGUUACAACUACGUCCUCAAUAACGCAUCAUGAAGUAAUCUGUCAAACUAUUGCUUGAUUUACUGCUAUAGGUCUUCUCCUACUAAUGCAUCACUGAGGAAAAUGUCAAACAAUUGACUGCAUUUACUGAAGAAUAAAUACAUAGCUGUAGCUGAUGACUAAACAAUAAGGGCCUCUUUAAGACCUGUGUUGUAGGACCCCAUGAGGACACAUUAUGGAAUUAGGUAAACCACAUCAUGUUUUGUUCUGUUAAGCCUUGUAGAAAGUAAAAGGUUUGUGUAGGAUUUAAUAAUGUUCCAUUGUUGUCGCAUGCAUCGAGCUGCACAGUGUGUGCCAGUGUCUAAAACAGUCAUUCUGCUUACUUCACAUUGUCAUGUGACGUAGGAUGUAUGUCAUUCUUUUAUCAUUCAUGUAAUAAAUGUAUAUCAACUGA